UACUUUCUCCUUCCUCAGCCCUGGCACCAGCAGCAGGUCAUUCUUCCUGCACACAGCUGAGGAUCAACAGCAGCCACCUCCUCCUUCUCCUCCUCCUCUUCCUCACUCUCCUCUCUCUCCCUCUCUCUCUCACAGUUGCAGCUGAGCACUAACAGAACCUCUCAAGAACACAAACACACACACACACAAAGAAAACAGUAAGAGGAUCAGGAUGCGGAAGAGUGUUUCCAUCGUGCCGGCGGUUGCCUCCUGCCGUCACGUCCAGGCUGCUUGGAAGCUCACCUUCCCCCUGCUUCUCCUGCUGCUGCCGGGCAGAGGUGUCCAGAGUGUCCCCUCUCUUUUCCAGCUGGCUCCGGACACCCCCUCGCCGGCCGAGCCCAGCCCGACCCAACCCACACCUCGCCCGGACCCCUGCGAAGGCCUGCCCUGCCUCAACGGGGGGCUCUGUCUUGCCCUCCCACCUCCGCUCAGGCUGGAGAGCAGCUGGGAGUACACAUGCACCUGCAGCCAGGGCUUCACUGGACGCAACUGUGAGUUUUUCACAGACCCCUGUGCCAGCAGCCCUUGUCUCCAUGGAAACUGCAGCCGGAGCGAAGGCGGGGAGGAGGGCGAGCCGGCCUACUCGUGCGAGUGCACAGAAGGCUACGAGGGAGAAAGGUGCGAUCAGAUCUUGCUGGACCUGCCACCCGCCGCCGACUGGGGCCCGGCCACCCCCUCCGCUCCCGAGCUGGCCACACCGGUGACCUCCACCACAACGGCUACGACUCCGCCCCAGCAGCCAACCACAGUCCCAGCCACCACCACACCGGCACCUCCCACCCUGCAGCCGUGGCAGCCCAAGUCCGGGCAGAGGCUGCUGGUUGUGCAGUGGGAUGCAGACAGGGUCACAGAGGGUCUGCACUGUGUGAGCCCUGAGCUCUGUGAGCUGACAUCAGGGACCCUGACUCUGUCUCUGGAGGUGCCUGAAGAAACCGCCGUAAAGGUGCUGGUGAAUGCUAGUGGAGCUCCAGUGCUGUGGCGUGUGAGUGAAGAGGGUUUUCUCCGCUCGUCUAUUCUGAACGGCACCACCACAUGGUUUCUGCAGGCCCCGGAUGGCCUGGUGGUACCAGACCGUUUGCUGCCCCUGGGACAGAACUACUUCCUCAGUGUGAUCCGUGUUGGUGCUCCCACAGCCCCGGAGGUCACCCUGCGUCUCAACCUGACGGUGAAGGCCAGCAGCUGCGUGGAGCCCGGCAGCAGCUUCAGUGACCCUCAGUGUUCUGGGAAAGGAAAAUGCGUCACGCAGCCGUCAGAGAGCACUUUCUUCUGUGAGUGUGAGGACGGCUACACUGGCAUUUUUUGUGAGGAGCUCGACGCCUGCCACCACCGGCCCUGUCGGAACAACAGCACCUGCACUGACAUCAGACAAGGUGGCGAGGGGCAAAACUUCACAUGUACCUGCCAACCAGGUUAUGAAGGCGAGCGCUGCCAAUUGCUGGUUGACCACUGCCUCUCUCAGCCUUGUAAGAAUGGAGCCACCUGCUUCAGCAGCUUGGCUGGACCGAGGUGCUACUGUCCCGAAGGGUACCAAGGAGCUACAUGUGAGCAGAAGGUGGAUCCGUGUGGUUCCAGCCCGUGUCAUAACAAUGGCACAUGCUAUGGCCAGGGCCCCGGACCUCUGGGAUUUGGCUGUAGCUGCACAGCAGGUUUCACCGGCCCCACAUGUGCCCAGCUGGUGGACUUCUGUGCCCUGAACCCCUGCGCCCACGGUGUGUGCCGCAGCGUGGCCAACAGCUACAGGUGUCUGUGUGUUCCAGGCUACCAUGGAUUGUACUGUGAGGAGGAGUACAACGAGUGUCUGUCUGCGCCCUGCCAGAACUACGCCACCUGUAGGGAUCUCAUUAAUGCCUACGAGUGUGUCUGUACACCACAGUUUGAAGGAAAGCAUUGCGAGAUCUACAAGGAUCCCUGCGUGAAUGUACGCUGCCAGAACGGAGGUCGAUGUGAGAGUAGUGGACUUAAUGCUUCUUGUGCGUGUCAAUCCGGAUAUGUAGGGGAGGAAUGUGAGGUUGACAUCAAUGAGUGCGAGAGCAACCCAUGUCACCAUGGUGGCACCUGCAUCGACCAAUCAAACGGAUACACCUGCCACUGCCCGCUUGGGUGGGUUGGCCCCAGCUGUGAAAUCCACCUGCAGUGGAAACCAGCGCACACUGAGGACACCCUGACCAACAUGCCUCGCCACUCGCUGUACAUUAUCAUCGGAGCGCUGUGUGUGGCAUUUGUCCUCAUGCUCAUCAUCCUCAUAGUGGGCAUCUGCCGCAUCAGCCGCAUCGAGUACCAGGGAUCAUCACGCCACACAUACCAGGAGUUCUACAACUGCCGGAGCAUUGACAGCGAGUUCAGCAACGCUAUCGCCUCCAUCCGCCAUGCCAGAUUUGGAAAGAAGUCUCGGCCUGCCAUGUAUGAUGCCACCCCCAUCGCUUACGAGGACUACAGUCCAGAUGACAAACCUCUGGUUACCCUCAUUAAGACAAAGGAUUUGUAAAAGUCCGCAAACUCAAACCAUAGCAAGCCGUAUGUAUAGAGCAUACACAGAUACAAACUCACAUGUCUAUUAAAAUGAAAGUAUUUCUUAAAACAAACAUAACAGCAAAAUCACAUUUGAAUGUAAAGAAAUAAAAGAAACACGGUGUAGCUAAAAAGAAGCAAAUCUGGAGUUUGAUACCAUAUCUAUUUUCCUGAGGAUAAGGCUUUGUAGUAGCAUACUUUGCAAUACUUUUAAGUUACAGAUGCUGAGCAGCAUUUCCAGUAACCUCUACUGCUUAAUAAAUAGUUGAUUUUAGUCUGAACCAGACGAUCUGUAGGAGAGGUCCAGCAAAUAAAAGCAGUAGACAGCAUUAACGACAGUCCUUUGAAGUAUUUUAGAAUUAGCCACACUUCAAUUUCUUUUCAGUAUCAAAAAAUGUAAACACCUGCAGUAGGUUGCCUUACGUUGUGCAUGAUUAAAUAUGAUGUUCUCCUUUCAACAUUUUUAAACCCUUUGUAACUGGUUGUUGCUCUGAUUUUUAUGCAGCCUCCCACAGUUAUUUGCACCACCAUUAAAAAGUUACUCAAUGCCUUAAAAGAAAUUCAUGUUUUAUUGCACAUUGAAAGUUUAUUUUUUGUUCCAUUUUGUGGUGAAACUUUUCAAAUCCUCCUUUUUUUUUUCCCAGAGAACAGGACUUAAUCUUCUGUAAUAUUUCACAAGGUUGAAGCACAGAAAAAUAAUUGACUUUGGGAAUUACUCUGCAGGUUUUCUCUAGAUUGCGUGGAGUCUUAGGUCACCUGCCAUGCCCUCUCUUCCUCACUUCACCAUAGCUUUUCUAUGAGUUUUAUGUUUGAGGUCAGAAGAGUAGAAGAAGGUGGGUUUUGUGUCUGGUAAACCCUUUCUGGGUUGAUUUGGCUUUAGGUUUCAGAAUAUUUUGCAGUUGAAAGAUUCAGUCAUGACCUGGCUUAAUUUUUCUAGGAGAGGCCCAGAUUUUUAUUUAAAUCUCAUAUUUAAAAUAGUUCAAAAUGCCAUGUUCACUAAUAAGGUCUUUGGAAGAGAAAGAGGCAUAGAGCCGCCACCAUUCAGGGGUGGACAUGAGGGACAUUUUCAUAUGUCUUUAUUUUUCUUUAUCUUUAUAGAGGUACGGUAAACCUUCGUCUAAUCUGUUCAAAGCAAACUAUUCCAGUUCAAGUCAGUGGCGUUAAUCCCAGUGUUUGUUUGUGGCGGUUACACAGAAAAAGGGUUUUCCUGUCAUCCCUCUCAAACAACCAAUAAGUAUUCAAAUUGUGUUAAAUAGUUAUUAUGGAAACCAGGGGACCACGAGAUGCUACUCUUUGCAACAUUUCUCUAACAGGGAGCUAUAGAUAUUUUUUCUCAUCCCAUAUCAUUCUGCUCACUGUUCCAAGUGGCAUAUUAAGUCCUCAACGAGUCAUUUUGAUACAGUUCCAGUAGUUUGAAACUUUGAAAUUGUUACUCUGAUUAAUAAUUGGCAAGCUUUACCAAGUAUUAUCUGUUUGCCAUUUCUUACUUAUAAAGGUCUACCCACGUCUCCUCCACCUCAAUGACAUGUUAUCCUGUCUUUCCCAUUUUUAAUCUUUCAGUAUUGAAUUAUGCUACUGCAAUAAAAAAUAAAAAUUCUUUAAGGCUUUCUAACAUCUUUAAGAGGAGGGUCAAUAACUGUGGAUGGCUCUGUAAAUGCAGAUGUAUUAUUCUCUGUCGAAACUGUGCCAAAUGUUUUCUUUAGGUAUGCUGUGGUUAGUUGACAAAAUCGGAACGUGUAUAAAUAAAAUACUAGUCACUGGGUUUUCUUUUUAUAUUCGUCCUGUUCUAUACAAGUUUCUCAGUGGUGUAUGAAUAGUAAAUUAAAUGGGUCUACUAGAACUACCCUACAAACCUACUCUAUGUAUUUCAGUGAUAUAUAGGAUAAUAGGUGGAUAUAUUUCUCACUGCACAGAAAAAUAGAUGGUUUCACACAGUGUACCUGCUAAUCCCAGUGUACAAAUUCACCUCUCAUACCGGCAGUGCUGAAUAGUUUCUGUAUGUAUGUUUCUUUAUGAGAUUGGGCUCUCUAAAACCACUGGUGAGGACAGCAAAGAGAAAGAGGAGACUGAAAAUGAUGGUCUCUAUUCUAGAAUAUACUGUUUGUGCUUGUGUGUUUCUGCCAGUGGACAACUUUCUGUCUGUGCAGCUGUGUCAUUCCCCUCACGGUCGGACAGCGUACUAUCGAGUGCAGCAAAUCUCACUAUUUAUUUUUCUCAUUUCAGACACACUUAAGACAUGAUUACCUAUUAUCUAUGUUGAAUUAUGUAAACAAUAAAGUGCUCAUAAUCUUA